AUGCAGAUUAUCAACAAUGUGGCGAAGAAGAAGAACAGUGGACAGUUGAUUCGCUCCGCAGCUGCCUUCGGGGUGAAGCAAGUGUUCAUUGUUGGUAAAAAGAAGGAUGUCAGCUUCUUCGGGUCACAAGGCUCCCAAAGGCGUGUAGAUCUCAAGUUUUUUAACGGAUUAUCCGAGAUGAAAGACCAUUGCACACAGCAGCAAAUUACGGUGUGUGGGAUUGAGAUAGGUGAGGGCGCUAAGUCAGUAGAAAUGCACCCGUUUAGGGGUCCUACCGCGUUUAUUGUAGGCAACGAAGGGCACGGCAUGGAGCCUCGCGAAAUGGAUAUCUGUGAUCACUUUGUCUACAUACCACAAUACGGAGACGGCACCGCCUCCCUCAAUGUCUACGUGGCUGGCUCCAUCGUAUUCCACCAUUUUGGGAUGUGGGCAAAGUACCAAGAGACACCUGUCACGGGUGCGAAGUUUGAUGUCAAUUCAGAGCCACUUGUGCCGUUGGGAACUUACACUGAAGAAGACCUUGCCAAGCGAGAAGCCAGGCAACGUAAACGAGAAGAGAAGGAGAGGUUAGAAGCUACAGAAAGUAACAGUGAAGAAUUAGUAAACAAAGGCUUGUAGCUUGCAAUCAUGUUUUUGAAAGUCUGUGGCUUGCUUUCUUCAAUCAUGUGUCAAAUGAGAUCUCAACCCAUAGUCACUUCUUCCAACAGAGACAUGCACAUAUAGACUGUGCUAAGUGGGAAGUCAUGCGACGCAAAUAAGAUUAAAAGCAACAGAAAAUAUCCGUGA